CUGCGGUUGCCCAGGAAGCCAGGAGAGCGCCCGUGGACCUCAACAGGUGGGACUGCAACCGGGGCUCUGAGCAGCCACAGCAGCAGUAACCCCCGCCUGGCUCUUCGACAUGGACCAGACCGCGCUGACCCGGGCACUUCUGCUCCUCCUGUUCCUGCACCUGUCGCCUCCGGGAGGUCAUUCCCACCCUCUAGGUGGCCCUGACCUGGACUUGGAACUGCCCGGGUUACAGGACACGGUCUCUGAGGUGCAGACGGAGCCAGUGAUCCUGGAGCCCGUCCAGCAGGGCCGUAGCCCUGUCGAAGCCGGGGAGGCCCAGGAGGUCACGGUCUCUGAGGUGCAGACGGAGCCAGUGAUCCUGGAGCCCCUCCAGCAGGGCCAUGGCCCUGUCGAAGCCGGGGAGGCCCAGGAGGUAUCCCCCAUGGGUGUCCCCCAGCCUCAAAUCCCUGAGGCCCAGGGGAGACUACCCAGCCCCAAGACGAUGAGUGAUUCUGGCUGCUUUGGGGGGAAGAUGGACCGCAUUGGCUUCCACAGCCGCCUGCGUUGCAAUGUGCUGGGGAGCCCUUAAGAGGAAGUCCUGGCCUCAGGCAUCUGCCUCUGAUCCUCCAGCUGGUCUUUCCCCAACCCUGUGAUCCCCUUCAAUGACUCCUAUUUAUUUAUCUUUAUUUAUUCGGUUAUUUUACAAAGAUGGUUUCUUACUUUUGAGCACACAAUUUCCAUGGAGAAAUAAAGUCAACAUUAUAGUGUUAUCUUUUGAAACUAAUUUGU